UAAAAACCUGAACAGGAGCAUGUGAUUGGACAGAGUAUGUGUCAGUCAUUGGCCAUAUGGGAAGUCCAACGUUAGGUAGCCCCGCCUCCUGCACACUGGCAGCCGCUGUAGCUAGCAGCAGAGCUAACGUUAGUUCGGAUGCUCACAUUGAAUGAAUGUCGGUGUAACGUUAGCAGGCUGUUGCCACCAGCAACUGGGAAUAUCUCCUCACCGUCAAGUUAUCUUAUAUAGGCACUUGGUGAGACUGUAUUAGCAUCGACCAUUUUACACGUUGGUCGAAAGACGGGUUCAGGGACAUUUGUGGAAGGGGAAGGACCAUUGCCUGUGUGUGGCAAUGCAGCGGGUCACGGCGCAGCUCGUCGCCGGGCUGGUUGCAGCGGUGCUGUCGCUGCUGGCAGAUCAGUGCUGGGCGGACGGCGGGGGCCUCAGCCUAGCAGAACGGGUCAUCUGGGCUGUCAACUGCGGGGGUGAAUCGCAUGUAGACGUGCACGGUAUUCACUUCAAAAAGGACCCGUUGGAAGGAAAACUUGGCAAAGCAUCUGAUUAUGGCGUUCGUCUGCCAAUACUGCGCUCCAGUCAAGAGGACCAGAUUCUGUAUCAGACGGAGCGCUACAAUGAGGACACUUUUGGAUAUGAUAUCCCUAUACGCGAGGAAGGAGACUAUAUACUAGUUAUGAAGUAUGCAGAAGUUUACUUCGCCCAGUCACAGCAAAAGGUGUUUGACGUCCGUCUAAGCGGCCAUGUGGUGGUGAAGGACCUAGAUAUCUUUGAGCGAGUUGGUCACAGUACCGCUCAUGAUGAGAUAGUGCCCUUUUCUAUUCGACGUGGCAAGCUGAGUGUGCAAGGAGAGGUGUCCACUUUCAACGGCAAGCUCACUGUGGAGUUUGUAAAGGGUUAUUAUGACAACCCCAAGGUCUGCGCUCUCUAUGUAAUGAAGGGGACAUUAGAAGAUGUGCCAAAACUUCAGCCUCACCCUGGCUUGGAGAAGCACGAGGAAGAGGAGGAAGAAGAGGAGGAUAGUGAGCCCGGCGAGGAAGGUGGGAAGAAAAAGGUCCCACCAGGUUCCAAGACCAGGGUCCAGUCAGGGCCCCGAACACCAAACCCAUACGCAGCAGACAACAGCAGCCUCAUGUUUCCCAUCCUUGUGGCGUUCGGGGUGUUCAUCCCUACACUGUUCUGCCUCUGUCGGCUGUGAGCUACAACUAGCGAUCGAGGGGACGUCGAGCAGACGAGACGGAGUGAGACUAUGGAGAGGGAGAAGGGGGUGGUGGGGGGUGUGGGGGGGGAGGUAUACAGGUAAAGGCAUACACACAGGAGGGAGCGUGGAGAAAAUCUUGACAACGGAGGGGGGAAAAAGAGACAAUAACUUUUCAGAAAGCCACUUUGCGACGAAGCAAAUGCUGCUGUUUAGCAAAGAACAGGAGAUGUAGGAAGUGUAUGCUGUGCGCUUCUUUGUGAAUGUGUUUCGCGUCCACCUCUGCUGACAGUUUUGAACUAUGUUAGUCAUUUCCACUCAGAGACAGUGCAGGAUUUACAGAUGCCAGUCUUCACGGUUUGAAACCACAUUUCAGCAACUCUGGGGUGCUCAGGAGUGAUUGUUCUGGGCCUGUUUUAUAAACUAAAAGCAUUGUUUUCUACUGGGUGUGGCAAGGAAGCACACUCUGUUUAACACUCCUGCUCCGCAUCUGGUCAGACGUGGUCCCUAAAAUUGGAAAUGGUGCUGCUUAGAAAUUGGUUGAGUAGUUAGUGGAUAUACAGCUGCCAUUUGAGAGGCUCCCAUUUUUCUCAACUUGCAUUUUUAUAUCUUUCCACUCGGAUGUAGUUAGUCCUUUGUUGACGUGCCAUCGUCUUCUUGCCAUACGUUGUUGAAAGAAAAAAUAACUUGUCGUCGAAACCAGCUCUGUAGCUGGCGGGAUUGUUUGCUGUUUAAGUCGGCUUGCCUUUUUAUAUAAGUUGUUUUUCCCAAAUCUGUUGAUGCUGUGUGGUAGCGCAUGAUGGACUUAUUUGGCAUUGUUUCAUCAAACACUGAUUCAAGGCCAUUAAACGCGUCUUCAACAGUGAUCACAAAAUCUUUUGUACUUUUACUUUUUUUUUUUUUUUUUUUUUAAAGAAAUGAUCCAUUUUAAAGUUCAAACAUUACAAAGUGAGAAUGUGGAACAGAGACACCAGAGUCUAACCUUAUGCUGUGAAGUGCUGAAGCUAAAGUGAGUCAGGAUCUUUACAUGAGCUUUGCCAUCUCUAUUCAGUUAUUAAGUAUGCAUGCCUGCCUCUUUGUUUAACCAAAGAAUGUCUUUUUUUUAAAUUUGUUGGAAAAAGAAAACUUGGUGGCUUGUUUUAAUUUGACAAACGGCUUGAGGCCUCUGUGGCAAGUGGUUGAAAUUGGCGAUAUGUGGACAUACAGUACUCCUCUUACCCAAAUCUGAUUCAGAGGAAUAGAGCGUUGGGCAUGUUUUAUAUCGGCAGCUAACUGGGUGGACGGUUGUCAUUUUUCUUUCUUCAUAAAUUAGUGUUUUUGAUUUCACACGGUAUGCUGUGUUGACUCUGAUGGGCGUCAGUCCUGGGAGAGAACAGGUCGCUGCAGCUCCAUGUUGAUGUAAUGAACCCUAAAGAGUCUGUGCCGGUCAAUGCACUCGUUUCAAACAUCCCUAAAGUUGCUCUGUGCGGCACCACAAGUUCAUCCACCUGCAGUCAGAGAUGCGAAAGCACAACAUCGGUGUAAGUAGAGAAUCAAAUGUUUACUCGAAGUUAUAAACCAACAAUUAUCGCAUUUUCCAAAAUCUUCACUCAGCCUUUUCAAAUCUGUUGUCUUAAAACUUUUUAAUGUGGACUGUACCAUUUUGUUAAUUAAGUGUGAACUUUUCAGUGCAAUUACGCUACUUGUUCUGGUCCUUUUGAAUUGAUUGAGCAAACUGGGGACACAUCCAUUUUUUUUUUAUUUUUUUUUUUCUCUAUUUCAAUCUAAAAUGUAAGCCUUUUUUCCUACAUGGCCACAUUAUCAGACUCUUCUUCUACUGUGUUUUUAGUCUCAGCUUUUGGACAAUGAGAUCCCUUUUUGCUUUCCAUGCGUUCUGAAAAGCCGCUUCGUUCCUCAGUUUUAAUGAAGUUGAGUUGUGAACCCUCCUCUUUAUGUAUCUAGUUACAUCCCUUACGUGCGUAGCUCGACUCCAAGGAUGAUUUAGUAACUUUACCUGUUUCAUUAAUGCUAAUGUCUCCCAACAACCCUUUGCCAGUAGUGCUGUUGCUAUAUGCAGUGCUUUGAAAGCGGUUGAUAAUUCAGUUGUGGAUCCUUCCUCACUCCUCGAGUCUCCUUCCCAUUUUGAUUGGCCAGAAAACAUUUGGUCAAUUGUUGGUGUUUUGAGUUGCUUUCUCCUUGAUUUUUAUUUUGAAGAUGUAAACUCAACUCGUAUUUAAGACAUACAAGCACUUUUGUUUUUCUUCUGAAAAGAUGCAACAUUUUCAUUUAAUUCAGCACCAAAGUCACCGUGUUCUGUUCCUCUGCCAGUCUACACAGUGUCGUGUGUGUGUGUGUGUAUAUAAGGUACUAAAUCACACUUUUAUCGUGUGACGACUGUUUUGUUCUCCUCUCUAUUGUGCCGUAGCUGAGCUGUUCGGGUUUCUUUGAUUAUCUGAUGACAACUUUGUGGCCUUUCUUCUGGGGGAGGAACGGUUGCCGGUACAGAGUUUAACUUUUUUUUUUUUUUUUUUUUUUUAAGGUGCAGUCUGUUAAACUGACUGUCAGAAAGUCAAAUAAAUGAGAUUAUGUCUGAAAAUAUGGGUUCUUCCAAUCUAUUAUAUAUAAUUUAAAUCAGAGUGGGGCUGAUCUGGAGAUAUUUUAUAAUGCGCUUGGAUUUGUAUGUUUGAAUUUUUUUCCUCAGGAUCUAUUUUGUUUUGAGUUUUUAAAACUUGAUAUUUUAUUGGUGUGACAUUUUGCACUGCCUCAUGUAUUUUAAGAUCAUGUCAUUUUUGUGUGUUUGUCUUUGUUGCCUUGAAUUAUUGAAUACAUUGUGCUUUACUAUCAUUCACCUUGAGGUUGCUCUUUUGUUGGCUUGUAUCAAAUUCGCCUCUUUUCUUCUUCUUGUCAAAACACACUUUUCUGGGCUAGAUCUUCAUUCCACAGAAACAAGUCUUGGUUGGAGUAAAGGGCAUCUGUCAGAAGUAUAUCUUGAAACUCAACUUUUUUGGGAGCAAAGCCAGUCAAAAACAAAAGAUACAGUUAAUAGACAGUAGGAGAAUUGUGUGAAAUAUCCAGCACUUGUUUGUCUAUUUAGCUCCUCACUAGCCUGUGUUGGACCUGUUACUGUCAAUACAUCUCAUAACUUAAUGAACUAGAGUGGAAUGAAGAUCUGCUCUGUUUUUGUUUUGUUUUUCACACAAGAACCAAAGAAUUGCCGCCAUUCCAUCAUAAUUCUUUAACAGAGUCACCUGACGUGACGCUGAAGGUUCUUCUUUUCUUCUUUUUUCUCUCGUCUGGUAAAGCAGUGUUGUCAUCAGAUUUGUUGUCCCCAUUAAUUAUUCCCUGCCAUGACACCCAAUUGUCUUGAAAUGUCCAUCCUAAAAAAGUAAUGUUAAUUAAUCUGUGAUAAUUGUAAAUUUCUUUGAGUUGACCAUCUCUAGCUUGUUGCCAUUUCUCCUCAUUUUUAAAGCAACUGAACAUGAGGUGAAUUUAAACUGAGACAAAUUUGAACAGCAAAACAUCUGCCCACGUGUCCACCGUCCAGGCAGCCGACCCCACAAACACAAACAUCGAGGUCUGAAAGCCAUUGAUCACACAGUGCGAGUGUGUGAGACAGUGAGUGUGUGCUUAAAUAUGAGUCCUACUGUAUACAUAUACAUGUGUUUGAUAUGAGUGCUCUUCUGGGGGCUGUAAGCAGCAGCAGGUGGGCUGAGAAAUGUAUUCGAGACCCCUGAUCUUACUCUGAUGUGGCAUAUAUCUGAAAUGGGAAAGGCUGAUAAAUGCUGUCUCUUUUUAAUAAAUGUGCUAUUUUAUCAGAAUGUGGUGCUGCUGUUUUUCCACUCAGACACCCCUGAGGUCCCGUUGAGUACUUUGUGAGGUGGCAUGUGACUCCACAGCAUCCAAAGUCUGGAUGAGCAUUUUGGAACUGUGCGACUUAAAAACUAUCGUCUAAUAUUUCCUGUAGUCACAGCAAAGUUCAGCAGGCGCACAGCACAUGUGCGAGCCCCUUGUUUAUCCAGGUGUGUUUUUUUCCACCGUUUCCCACAAACUGAAUACCUCUUUAAAUAGAAGCACAUAUCUAAAAGGUAUUGGGACCAGAAUAUCCAAAAGAGGAACACAGCUAAACAAAGACUGAAUUAUGUCCAUGAACAGAAAUGGCCUCACACUUGAUACACGAGGCAUUGUUAGAUCAAGCUUUAAUAACCAAAGAACUCCAUAAAGUUACAGUAUAUCAUAUUGACUAUUAACAUAUGUGUAUAUAUAUUUAUAUUUUACAAAAAAUUACAUUUAUAAAUUAAUAGCUUUGACAUUGAAGUGCAGGAUUUCCUUGUAAGCUUUGAGGCUAUAUGUCUUUUCAGCUGGAAAAUGGAUUCACCAGAUGAAAUGUUUACAUGCAGAACACAGUCCAGUCCCAGUUUGACUUCACCGGUAGUACAG